UGGGAGCGGCGGUUGUUGGCGGGCCGGGCGGUGGCGGCGUUGCCACAGCAGCGGCGGUCGGAAACCGAGCCCAGCCCCAGCCGGCGGUGGGGGCGCGCCAUGGAGGGGCUGGAAGGUGAAGUUCCAGUGCAAACUGGAGAUCUGUUGCCAUGUAAGAUUUGUGGAAGAACUUUCUUUCCAGCAGCGCUGAAAAAGCAUGGACCCAUUUGCCAAAAAACUUCUGCCAAGAAAAGAAAGACAUUCGAUUCCAGCCGACAGAGAGCAGAAGGAACUGACAUUCCCACAGUAAAACCUCUUAAGCCACGGCCAGAACCACCCAAAAAACCCUCUAACUGGAGACGAAAGCAUGAGGAAUUUAUAGCAACUAUACGAGCAGCCAAAGGACUUAAUCUCAAAGACGGUGGAAAACUCCCUCCACCACCUCCACCAUCAUAUGACCCUGAUUACAUUCAGUGUCCAUACUGUCAGAGGAGAUUUAAUGAAAAUGCAGCUGACAGGCACAUCAAUUUCUGUAAGGAGCAAGCUGCACGUAUUACUAAUAAGGGAAAAUUGGCAGCUGAUACCAAAGGGAAGCUUCCUACUCGAACUCAGUACAAACCUGCUCCAGUUAAGAAGAUGCCUUCUGUAGGAUCCACACCAUCACCAUCGUCACGCUUACCACAGCCAAGUGGUGUUAGCAAAACCGUUGUAGGUGUCUCUUCAAGUAAAGCACUGUCUUCAUCUGGAUCCAGUGGGAGCAAAAUUCAGACGUUAUCACCAGCUCAUAAAAACUCACCGGGAACGGUGAACCCACAGGCAGGAGGCGCAACAAAAACCCGGACAUCAACCCCUCCUGGUGUGGCAAGAGCCAUGAGCACGGGUGCUUUGACAAACAGAAGGAAAACUAGUAAUUCAGACCUUCACUUAAGGUCCGAUGGGAAAACUGGGUAUGACAAUGGAGACUGCCCAUCCUCAGUGAAUGGAGGAAGUGCAAAAAGCAGUGAAGGAAUUUCACCUGUACAGUUGUCCAAGUUCUGCCAUGAAUGUGGAACAAAGUAUCCAGUGGAAUGGGCGAAGUUCUGCUGUGAGUGUGGAAUUCGAAGAAUGGUUGUGUGAACACAUUCUUUACAACAGAAAGAAAACAAGAAAUUGAAACAUCUGCUAUGUACUGUGCAUGGAAAGCUUGAGUACUCCAUCCAGUUAGAAUUCAUGCUGCAAAAGUCAAAACAUCACUUUGUAAUUUUCUGAGUGCAAUCUUCUGGUUACAAAGUUAUUUAUAAACAAUGAUAUAUACUGUAUAUAAAAUAGCAGCUACCUAAAACUGUGCCAUUCAAAGAAUUACUCUUUACUGUUUGUUGAAAAUAUUUAAAAGUAAGGUAAAAAUGCUUUAAGUAACUUAGGUAGCAGAAGAGGUUCAAUGCUAUUUUUCUUUGUAAAUCCUGCUAGGCAAAGGAUUUUUUGAAUCUCUUGUGUAGGGUAAUGCUUACCUAUGGGGAACUAGCCAUGAACAACUUGGGCUUCAAAAGUUUCUCUGUGGAGGCAUUUCUUUCAUCUGUGACAGUAACUUAGAUGCUGUGUUCUAAGUGAAAACAACAUGAGGAACUCCUUAUAAAUUCCUAGAUAAAAGUGUAAAAAGUUCAGGUCUUUAAUAGUAGUAUACUAAUUGGACUUUCCAGUUGCUUCCUAGGAUUUUUAAAGAAUCAAAGUGGAAAGACUUCCUGAGAAUUUUCUUUGCAUCUAAGAAGAAAGUCAAAAUUUUCUUUUUGUGGCUUUCAAUGUUCUGUUUUUCAGUAAAAACAUGUUAAUAUUUUUAUGUAUUUAUAAGGAAAAAUAUGGUAUUAAUUUUAUUAUUAUUCAUUUUAUUAAGUUCCUUUUGUUUCAAAAUACUUGUCUUCCUCCUCCUGUGCUCCACCAUGCCUAGCAUAUCUAAAGGUGUUGUGCUUUGUCCUGUUUCCAAAGGUCCUCCUAGUUUUUUUUCUUUUCCCUCAUUUCCUCAAGCAAAGUCGAAGUCUGUGCUUAUCCUACCUAAAUGUUGAACUCUUAUUUUGAAAACAGCCUUCUUGAUGUAUCCAAUACCAAAAGAAAAAAAUAGUUAUAUAAAAAGGAAUGCUAUUAGAGCAGUAGAUCUUGAUGUAUGUAGUGAGUCUUUUUUAUUCUUAUUCCUGUGAAAAUAGCACAGCUUACACAUGUGAAUGCAUAGGGGAGUAACUGUGCUUCACUGCUAUCAAUACCUGACUUUUUUUUUUUUUUUGCAAUUUUGUGUAUUUCUGAUCUCAAAACAGCAGUUUCUUCAAGUUAGUAAUAGACUUCACAUUAAUCCAUUGGGAAGAAGGGAGAGACUCAAAGUUGAUGGGUUUUUUACUAAUUACAAAGUAAAUUAGUAAAUUACACAUUUACUAAUAAAACCAUUCACAAGCCAAAUCACUUAAUUUGUAUCUUAAUGUUGUAAUUUAUUUUGUGAAGUUUUGCUCUGAAGUACUUGCACCAUCUUCAUUAGGCAUGACAGAACAAUCUGAAAUAACUCUGCCUUUCCCACGGUAAAUGCAUUUUUUGUCAAAAAACUGGUACUUUCAGCUCACAAACACCAUUAGUUUCAAUUAAUUUAAUUUCUUUCCAACUUAAAUAUAAUGCAGUGUUCCAUGGUAGUAUUAUGAUUGUUGCUUACAUUCUCAAAAAUUGUGAUUAUCAAUGGGCCAAAUUUGGACAAAAGCAUGAUGGAAGAAGAACAACUUCAAAGCAGAUACCAGUCUAAGAGUGAGUGAUUUAAGAAACUCGAUGUAGUCAUGUUGCAGGCCACAAGCUAUCGAUGUUUUGAAAUUAGUUCAGUGAAUGUCUUGCACUUUUUAUACAAUUUUUUAAAAUAAAUUAUCCUUCAUUCAGUGUACUCUUUUCACAAUUGGUAUAAACUGGCUACUGAGCAUGAUAGGAUGGAUGACUGGUAAUGAUACUUAGAGCUGACAAAUCCUAGCCAGCUUAUUUUCUAGGAGUUUAGAUUCUAGGAUCCGUGUUAUGGCACAUUCAUGUCUGUAUUUGGAAAAACUGGAAUUCUGCAUUCCUUCCAUAGGAUAAGCCUGCUUUGGAAAAUGUGCCCAGGACUUGGGCCAUGGAGGUCUGCAGACUGAUGUAUUGUGAGCUGAGAGUCCCACAGCAAAGAUACCAGUCCAGAAUAGGUUUGAUUGGAUAGUGAAUCUACUCUUGCCUGAUGAAUUUGCAGUUUCUUUCCGCUGGAAAAUGCAUUUUUCCAUUUAUUAAAAAUGCUUUCUACAAAGGGAAUGUUUAGUACAGCAUUAAAUACCUUUCAGAUUUUCCAGGAUUAUUUUAACUGUAGGAAAAAACAUAUUGACUCUUUCUCUUUUGAAUUGUAGGUGGCAGAUCUCCUAAUUUCAAAUCAAUACUCAUACAGUUACUGUAUUUCCUGCUUUGUGAGCUGUUUGUGAGAUUCUUUGCUUUCGAUGCAGCAUUUAGUAAAUUACUUGAGUAGCACAUCAUUUGCUUCAUUUACACUUAUGUGAUUUAUCAUGAGGAUUAGAUAGGGAAUUAACCUGAACAGAAAAAAAGGUUUUUAAGACUGAUCUUUUUAUCUGGCCCUAAAAAGAAGGUCUAUGAAACAUAAUUGACUAUUGAUAGUAAAACUGGAUAAUGUGUAUGUGUUGUAAUCCACAGUAAAUAUAAGCAGACAAUGAAAUUCUUUUUGACUGUGUAGUUUGGUGCUGUAUGGUAAGACUUACAAGGCCCAAUAUGUUUUGUGUUUAUCAACUGGUUUUGUUACUGAAUGACAUAGGUUUCUGAAGUCUGUGAUGUUACAGACCCUAGCCUGUAUUACUCAAGGUAUCAGCACAGAUCGCUGUAAUUCCAUCUCAGUGGAUGUUUGUACAAAACAGUGGAUUGGUUUUCAUAACAUCCCCAAAGAAGCGAAUGUGGGAAACAAUUUUGUUAUUUUUAAAGAAAAAAAGUUCAGGGAGUUGGACUGAAUUUUCAAUCUUUAGGGCAAGAGGGUUUGGAUACAGAUCACCAAUAAAUUAAAUUUGGGAAUUUCCUGACACAUGUAAUAUACUAGUCUUCUCCACACCCUUAUGCCUUGGUUUUCAUGGGAGGAAAAAGUAUGAACUAUGCACUGUCUGUUUAUAGUGAAAUUUAGUGAUGCAAUCGUUGUGAUGAUUCCCAUACAAAUGUAUAACCCAAUGACAGAUUGACUGUCUGCCAUUUUCUCUUCCUAAUGUUCUUACUAAGGUUCUUCCAUUCUUUAAAGAAGGUGGGGGGGUAAAAGGUCAACAGUAAAAUUCCAUUUAAAGAAACAAGAAGAGGCUGGUUUUGAUGUUUGGCCUGAGGGAGUUUGCAUUCCCAUUCUACUUUCGUGAUUUUCUCUUUUACAAAGGACCUCUCUGUGCCAGGAAGUAGUGCAAGAUCAUUGGAACUAUGCUGAUAAAAGUGCAAUGGAGUUAUGAAAAAUUCUAGCUUCAAUAGUAAAAACAGCAUAGCAUUAAAGCUUAAUUGCUAUAUGAUGUACCUUACACAGGCUUAUAUUUAUGCAUGAUGCCCACACCCUAGGUAGUUUCAGAACUGGAAUCUCCAAAUAUGCAGCAAUUAAAAUAUGUAUUUAUAUGAAUAGUUAGUCUUACACACCACUGCAGGGAGGUGGGCACAGGGAAGGGCUUCACCCCCAUUUCAGGUUGUAACUAUGAAAUGAACAUAUAGGCAGAAUUUUUCAAAUUUGCCAAAGAGACUCAAAGAGCCCUUGAACUCCCUGGAGGGAGGGGGAAUGCUCCACCUGAGCGUUCCCUGGCUGGGAGGGCAUCAGGCAGGGGGAGCUCUCCUCGGUGCUCCAGCUCUGAGCCUCUCCUGCAUGCUGGGGCAGCAGCUGCUCCAGUGCAGCCACACAUCCUGUGCCUUCACAAGAGGGGAAGGCACAGGGUGUAUUGUAACACCUGACCCAGGCUUUAUGCAUCAUGGAAGUGCUCUGUCAUUUGCAAGGGUCUAGCUCCUAAUUCACCAUCACAGCUGAGAGCUGGUGCCUGAAAUGCAGGGAGAGCAUUUCUGUGAUGCCCGCUUACCAAGGCGGUGGGAGGAGGUAUGACUGCAGUACUUUAAAUAAACAAGAUACGUGCACACUGAUGUAGACUGUGUGAACAGUCUGCAUAUAAAAUAGAAUGGUAUUGUCUAUGUAUUACAAAGGUCGCAAGAAGUGCUAGUUUCCAUCACAUAGACUUUGUAUAUCUGCAAAGAACAAACCUGUUAUGAGUGUUUUUAAUCUUGGCUGAAGAAAUUGUGUUUAGUAAGAGCACUUUUUUCAAUUUGACUUCUAUCCAGUUUGACUAAGCUAUGAAUAGUUAAAUGGGUUGUUUGAGAAGGUGGAAUCUUCAUCUUUGGUAAAAUUUGUUUCAGUGACUGGUGAAAAUAGUUUAAUUGCCUUUCAAGUACAGCUUAUUCCAACUUGUGAUUGUUUUGUUGCUGGUUGAUUUGGUUGGUUUUUUUUCCAUCUUGCUAAGUAAGGUUUGAGUGACCUAAUUGUGUUGUUGGAAGAAGUGUUAGGUAAAAGACUUCAUUAGCUGAAUUCGGUAGUUACUUGGUUGAUAUUUUCGUUCCAGUAUUCACAGUAUAAGAGAUUACUCUUGCAUACUAGUUAAUUUUUUGGUUUGUUUUGGGUUUGGUUUUUUGGUGUUACAUCAGUCCAGAAUAAUAUACAUUUCUGGAGGAUCCUAUUCAGUUCCAUUCUACUUCAGCUUGCCAGAAAACAGCUUCUUCAUAUUUUCUCUUAAUAGGUGUUCGUUCUUUACAAAAAUAAUCAAUAGGGAAAUUAUAUUUUCCUAAUUUAAACAUUUGAGUCUGCAAAUCAAAUGCUCAGUUUAAUAUGUCUGAAUACUGAACACACAUUCUAAAGAGAAGUGUGUGGUUUACUAUAGUUCUGUAUUUCAGUUUGGCUUUCUGGCACAGCCAUGAAUGGAUUUGGGUGGGAUCGGUAAAAUGCUGAGUACAGUACAACUGUUACAAAACCUACUUUAUAUGAUUGCUUUAACUCUUGGUGUUCAUCCUUCAUAGGACACUUAAAUGUUUCCCUUCAUAAGUUUAUUUAUUAAUGUUCUGUGUUUUUAAAUCGCGUGUUCAUUCAUGUGUUGGACGUGAUUAAUUUUUUCACCAUUGCAUUUAUUAUGUUUGCCUUGCGCCUCAAUACAUGGAAUAUUUGUUUGUGACCAUCCAGUGAGUUGUUUUUUUUGCCAGAAUUCCUUGAUUUUUUUGCCUCUUAUUUUGUAUAUUAUGUUUAUUUUAAAGUGUCAGUUCUGUUUUAAUUAAUAAAUGUAAAUCACCACCUAAUGCUAAUUUGGCACUUGUUAACAAUAAAGCAAAUAUGCCAGUAAAGCUUCUUGUGAUGUGCAA